UCUGGCCAGUUUAUAGCAGUCAAGAUUAGAGACAGUCGUCUGCAAAUUUUCUACGAGUUAAUUUCCAUAUUCUACCCUUGUUGGGUUCUUUACACAAAACAUAUUUUGCUGCGAUACAGUGUAUUAGCCUAUAAACAGGAUUUUUCAAGAUAGCCUUGGAAUUCAAAGUAUUGCUUUCCAAACGAAAUAUGAUGAAAUGCUAUUGUGACAAUCAAGCUCAAGCAAAAUAUGUAUGUAAGGAUUGCAGACAGAACUUGUGCUCCACUUGUAGUGACAAGCAUAAGACGUUUCCACUUUUUGCAAACCAUACACAAUAUUUAAUAGACAAUGUGCAAUUACAAAGCUGCAAACAGGCAAAAUCAUUGCACCGACCACCAGUGUCAGUAAAACCAUUGCAACAUCGCAAUGAGCCUUUAAAGAUGAAACAGGAAGGGAAACACAAACCAAUCGGUACUUCAAUUGCAUUGCAGGCGUUAAAAGAAUUACAGAAUGAUGCACAUCUCUGCCAAAAUAAACUACAAGAUGGCCUGAAUACAGUUGAACAGAAUGCUAUAAGAUUAGAACAAAGUAAACAUAAGAGUUUGAGCGAUAUUGACAAUCAUGUGCAAGAAAUGGUAAAGAAAAUUCAUGAGAAUGGAGAUAACAUGAAAAAUAGAGUAGAGAAAAUCUAUAAUAAGAAGAAGAAGGUAAAUGAUGUACAAAUUGAUGAAUUAAAAACAACAAUAUCUGAUAUAAGUACAAAACUAAGUAUUCUUAAUCAGUUAUUAAAUAAUAAUGAUGCAGCAGAACCAGCAAUGCAGUCAAGUGAAAGAGUAAUUAAAGCACUGAAAGAAGGAAUGAAUAAAUUGCCAAAAACACAGCCACACGAUAAUGAACAAAUCUACUUCCUUCCUAACAAAAAACAAAUUGCUUCACUAAAAACUCAUUGGAUUGGAGAUAUAUCUACACAAGCGAGAGAAGCAGACAGUCUAACAUUAAGACAGGGAAAGGAAUCCAUGACCCAGGUUCCAAGGAAGCAGCCUACAGGAAUAACUGAUGGCCGUCAAGUUCAAGAAGGUAUCAAUGGCUCUCAUAUUGUGGCACAUAAAACAGUAACAAACAAGAAAACAGUAAUCAUACGAGAAAAAGAACAAUUAGUAAGCACCAUUAAAAUACACCAACAGUUUAUCAGAGAUAUAGUGAAGUGUGAAGGUGAUUGCUUGGAGGUUUCUUGUUUGACAAAUGAAAUAUUCAAAUACAAACAAUCAGGAGAAUAUAUUGGUAAAAUUACUCUACCACAAGGUGUGAAAGUUAACAGAAUGUACAAAAUGAAAAAUGGUGACAUUGUAUUUAGUAACUUAGGUAGCCCUACAAGCAUCAAAGUUUGCAAUAAGGAUGGUCAUGUGAUCAAAUCAAUUGGAGUCAGAUCUCCAGAGGGUAUCCAUGUGGAUGAGGCAUCAUCGAGUGUGUACGUAGGCAGUGGUGGAUGCAUAAUUUUGAUUAGCAUUGAUAGUGGCAGCAUGAUAGGAAGAAUAGGGAUAGAGGGCACCCUAGAAGGUCAAAUGAGAAGAGUUGUUGAUAUUGCACGUACAAGUAAAGGACAGGUUCUUGCAUUGGAUUUAGAGAUUAAAAACAGCAAAUUACAAUUAUUUGAUAACGGCGGAAAGUUUAUGAAAGUUCUUGUUGAAGCAGGAUAUGAAUAUGGCAAGGUGCGUGAUUCACGUGGAGUAGUAGUUGAUAAGGAUGACAACAUCAUUAUAACAAGUAAUCACAAGCUACAGCUAUUCAGUAGUGAUGGAAAAUUCAUCAGAAGGAUUGAUAAAGAUGAAGAUGGCAUCAACAAUCCAUGGGGAUUAUCCAUCAUUUCACAUCAUCCAAGGAGAGUUGCAGUAGCAAAUGAUGGCAACAAAACUGUAAAAAUAUUUAAUUAUUAAUGUUAUAGUCUGAUUCCAUAACAUCAGAAUCAUGAAAGAAAUGAUGACACCCCCAGAUAUGCCCAAUGCAAUUGACUAAUUCCACAGAGGCACACUAAAGACUGGAAAAGGAGUUUGGAUAAAAAUAAAUUAUAUUGACAGGUCUUCUCAAAAUUUACCACAGAAAUAGACUUACCAAAGAUGUGGAUCCAGGAUUUUCCUGUCAGGCAUGAAGUGUCAAUCAAAACACCUACUGUAUGGUCUGAGUAAGAAGGGUUUUGAGUGUUCCUUUCCAUAUUGUGUGGUUUUGUGGUUUAUAUGAUUUUGUUAGAAAUGGAAAAUAUUUUUAGAAUGUCACCAUUGUCAUCAUCAGUUCAAUUAACAUUAUCAUAAUCAGAGACGUCUGAUCAUGGACAUGACACAGGCUCUUAAUCCACUCUUGGUGUUUCCUCUAUUUUCUAACAUUCUUUCAGAUUUCAAAAUGUAUGAACUUUUUCAUUUAUUAAAAUCCUAGAUCCUCUUAAUAGUGUAAGCUUUCCUCUAUAAAAUAGCAUGACUUCAGUCAUCAAUCACCUAUUAUUUGAAUAAUAAACUUCAUUGGCCUAAACUAUGAUUGAUGGAUAAGCCAGAUUUUACUUACUGUGUUUGAAUGUUUAAAUGGUAAAACCCCUGAAUAUCUAUCUUCUAAAUUCACCUUCACCCACUCUUCAUUCUUACCCUACUAGGAAUCAAAUAUCAAAUACUCUAGUUGUUCCAUAUGCAAAUUCAAACUGUGGUGAGCAUACAUUUCAUAACAGAGCUGCUCAUCUUUGGAACAAUCUUUCUCUCAACAUUCACAACAAUUUUGAUUCUCUUUCUAUUAAUAUAUUUUAAAAAGAGGCCUUUAUCUUUAUUCAGUAAUAAUGCACUGUAUUGUACUGUACAGUACCAUUCCUAUUGUUUAAUUUUGGUUUGGUAGUUUUCAUUUGUCUGCUUUCAUUUUCUG